AAGAUCUCAGAAAUUCUUUUGGUUUCUGGUGAGAAAACAUGUCUAAUUUGACUUCUGCAUCGAGUGAAAUAAGUGCUUCUUCAGGAAUCAGAAAUGACAGUGGUUUUUUCCAUGCUCACCAAUACUCCUCUACUUCAAUAAAUCAAGAACCACAACCAAAAAAGAAGAGAAGUCUUCCAGGCCAUCCAGACCCUGAUGCAGAAGUGAUAGCAUUGACUCCAGAGACCCUAUUGGCAACAAACAGGUUUGUGUGUGAGAUUUGUCAGAAAGGGUUUCAAAGGGAUCAGAAUCUGCAGCUUCAUAGAAGAGGGCACAAUCUGCCAUGGAAGCUAAAGAAGAAGAACAGCAAAGAGGUGAGAAAGAAAGUGUAUGUUUGUCCAGAGGCAACAUGUGUUCACCAUGACCCUUCAAGGGCCCUUGGGGACCUCACUGGAAUCAAGAAGCACUUUUUCAGGAAGCAUGGAGAGAAGAAAUGGAAGUGUGAGAAGUGCUCCAAACGCUAUGCAGUUCAAUCUGAUUGGAAAGCUCACUCCAAAAUCUGUGGCACCAGGGAAUACAAAUGUGACUGUGGUACCCUUUUCUCUAGAAGAGACAGCUUUAUCACUCACAGAGCCUUCUGUGAUGCCUUAGCACAAGAAAGUGGAAGAGCAGUGAACCCUCACUCUCUAUUAUCAUCUCAGUCCCAAUUUCGAAGCCAUGGGCUUCAACUUGAAGCAGCAUCAUCAAUGGUGAUGAAAAGAGAACAAGAUUUCAACCUAUUAGGUCAAGAAAUUCCAUCAUGGUUAUCUUCUCCAACAGUGUUGGAAGAAUCAAUGCACAGUCAAACACUGAGAACCACCUUAGACUUCUCAGCAACACAGUUGUUUCCCACACAUGCGAACCACUCAUUGUUCCACCAUGAUCAUCAUCAAAACCCUAGCCCUACUACUACUACUACUACUUCUACAACAACAGCUUCAACACCCACUUUUCUUCCUUCUUUGAGUUCCUUCCAUUAUUCCACAACUUCUCCUCACAUGUCAGCCACUGCUUUGUUGCAAAAAGCCUCACAAAUUGGCGUAACAGUGAGUGCAGCACCUUCACAAGCGAUGAUAGUGAGACCCCACUUAGGCAAACAACAACAAACCUUCAGGGACUUCACCGUCCUGAGUAGCAACACAACUUCAAGGGACUUGACUGCCCUGAACAUAAGGGAGGCCUUCAGAACAGAGAAAAAGAUAGCGGAAGCAAUAAAGGUAGGACUAGGUGUUGGUGCAUUGGUGGCACAAGUGGCGAAGACGAUGGCCGCGAAAGUGAUCGGCGACGGUGGCCGACAACGGUGGCCGGAGAUGGUGGCUGGAUGGCAACACCGGACAGAUGCGAAACAAAAACCAGAGACUGCGCAUUGA